AUGCAGCUCCCUCACCAUCCAAUCCUUUCCCUCCAACUCACGCCCAAGUUCGAUGCCGAUGGUGUUAGCAGCCUCUCCGUACUGUUCCUCAUUCAAAGUCCAGCGUUUAAGCCUGAUCAGCCCGCGUUUUCUUUCUAUCCCUUCAAAGACAACAUCCCAGCUCAUCAUUUUCACGAGCGCGACAUCAAGGCCACGGAUGACUCGGGGCCUCUCGAAAUCCAAUUUCGAGAUCUACCCUCGGAAGGUCGUAAUACUCAGCAACAUUGGUCAUUCAGUAGGCAAACCCGAGGCGACGUCAAACUUGAAUUUGACGUCUUUCCUCGCCAUGUCGACGUCACGACUCCCUUGGGUGCGCGUGUCGAUCUUCGCAAGGACCAAGGCGGUGUCCACGGCGUAGGCCAAUGGUUCCUACCUCUGCUAUUGUCCGACCAAGUCUUCACGAAUGUGGUCAAGUGGAACGUCCCGGCUGAUGCACCGGAAUCCACGAGAUGUGUUUGGAGUUAUGGCGAAGGAACCAAACCUCUCGUCCGUGUUGGUCGUGCCGAGACAUUGUGGAACACUGUUUACAUGGUUGGGCCAGUCCAACGGUAUCCGGAAGUCUCUCCAGAGGGCGAUGAUGGUUUCGCUGCCUGCUACUGGUUCGGAGACUUGCCGCCCAACCUUGAGCGGCUCAAAUCAUACAAUACCGCCCUAUUCCCAAAGCUGGCAUCCUUCUUUGGCGUGACUGGUGAAUCUUACCGGAUCUUCAUUCGCAAGUCUCUGGUAGGCUUUGGAGGCAGCGGGUUCGAUGGAAGUUAUGUUCUGGAGUACGAAAACGCAACGAAGAAUGAGACAGACGACUCACUAGUUCUGCUGUUCACCCAUGAGAUGGUACACAGCUUCGUUGACAUCAACCCUGAGGAGGAUGGAUAUGAAAACGAGUGGUAUAUCGAAGGGGUUGCCGAGUUUUACAGCGCUUUUCUUCCAUACCGGUUUGGAUUUCGAGGGACAGACUUUCUUAUCAAAAGUCUAAAUGGCCAUCUUCAAGCCUACUACACAAGUCCAAGAAUCGCGAUCGAUGUACGCAAGGCCGCUGAGAUUAUGUUCAGCGACUGGUAUGGAGAAUGGAUAUCUUAUAAGCGUGGUUUGGCCUACUUGCUGUUCAUUGAUCUGUACCUGAGAAGGCACACCGGCCAACACGACAUCAUGAGCAACGGGCCCCUUGACAAAAUCAUCAUCGACCUCUCCAGAAGAUGCAGGGAUGGGAAAACUGUCCGCUCUCAACAGUGGCUUGAAAGCCUUGAGGAAUAUCUUGGAAGCGACAAGCUCCCCGUUGCUCAACAAUACGAAGGUAUGCUUCGUGGUCGGCAUAUCAUUGACUUCGAAGGUCUUUCGCUCGAUGAUGGAUCCCAGAAGCUCAAAGAGUGUCGCCUCCCAAUCAUGGAGUUUGGGUUUGACCGCAGCAGUGUUCAUACACGCAUCGUGUCGGGUGUUGUUCUGAACUCCCCAGCAGCCGUCGCGGGAUUGUGGAAUGGAGCUCACAUCAUUCGCACAUCAAGAGCUGGCCUUUGCGUCGAGGACCUUCGUAAUACAUACACAGUGGUGGUAAAAGAUGGCGACAAGGAUCGCCCAGUCCAAUUUCUUCCACGUUUGCUGGACAAAACAGCCAGUGCCUGGCAGUUUGAUGCUUAA